CAGAGAGUAUAUCAUUUUUAAAAGGAAAUUCAGCUUGGGGGAGGAAUUGCACUGAUUUUAUAAUUUUCACAAAGGGAAACUGUCAAUUAACAAUGACACAAUGAACCCUGAAGUAACAUUUAAACCAUCUCAUUUGAAGUCCUGACCGGAAUAAAGUGAUACCAACCUUGAUUAUCUUAUUUCUUCUUAAACCAGAGACAGUUUUCACUCUAAGAGGCACAGGUGAACAAGUCUUCAGAUUCCCACUGUGAGUUACCUGCCAGCACUGCAGCCAUGGGUGAAUGGGACUUUCUCAGUGGCCUGUUUGACAACCUCCAGGACCAGUCUCCGAUGCUUGGACGGUUCUGGCUCUUCCUCAUGCUUGUGUUUCGGAUAGUGAUUCUUGGAACAGUGGCCACCGACAUGUUUGAGGAUGAACAGGAGGAGUUUACCUGCAACACCCUACAGCCAGGCUGCAAGCAGGUCUGCUAUGAUGACGCUUUCCCUAUCUCCCAGUACAGAUUCUGGGUGUUUCACAUAGUUCUGAUUGCUACCCCAUCCCUGCUUUUCCUUAUGUAUUCUACACGACAUCCUGAAAAAAAAUCUGCACAUCUCAGGAGGCUUUACAUUCUAAAUGUGAUUUUUCGGAUCUUGGCGGAGGUGGGCUUCCUGGUGGUCCAGUGGAAGUUGUACGGCUUCAAGGUGAAAGCGCAGUUCCCCUGCAGCCGCUUUCCUUGCCCCUACACAGUCGACUGCUUCACCUCCCGUCCUGCAGAGAAAACAAUCUUCCUCUACUUCUACUUUGUUGUGGGUGCCGUAUCAGCAUUUGCCAGCUUUGCAGAGCUUUUCUACGCCGUCACAAAAUGGUUUCGCUGCAGCCAGCAUGAACGCUAUGAUCUGGAAAACAUCAACCAUCAGUAUCUACAGAGCGUAAGGCAAGAUGAUUUCGACGAGAAGCCAAAAGGAGAAACGACGUCAGACAGUCAAGCCAGCAGCGUCAAGCUAAAAAAAGGACCAGUGAAAAGCAGCAAGAAGGUCUCCAGCGUCAAGAGCAAAAGAGGCAAAUAUGUGAACCCCAGGAAACUCAUGGUGUGAGAGACCCCCACCAUUUCCUGCUGAAAACUAUGUUUCUAAUGCUUUAUAUGAUUUCAUUUUAAAAUUCCCACUGUGUGACAGAGUUUCACUGUUGGGAGACAUGAUUAGGUAACUCAUGAGGAGUGAGAUCAGGACAUGAGAUAAGGGAAAGACUGACAAUUAAGGCUCAUUUGUCUUGGUAGGCUCAUGAAUCACUGUAGAGUUUAAGCCUUUAGCAUGUGGGGGAAUUCGACAGAAAUAAACUUGAUAGACCUGAUUUACACUUCCUUGGUUGCCAGAGAGCCAACUCUGCCGCUCCUGUUUUAAAUAGGAAAAUCCAUCUUUAAAUGUGCUUUUAAAAAGCUUUACUGUCUGUCACUGCGAAUGUCUGUAAACCUUUGUGAAUGUAUAAGGAAAAUGCUGCUAUUUGAAGAAAUGUAUUAAUUUUCUUUGUUAUAAAGAGUUAGCUAGUUAGUUUAGAUUUUGCUAAGUUUGAGCUAACUAAGCUUUUAUGUGGAGAUAGUCUGUUUCUAUUUUCCAGGUGAUGUGAUGUAAAAUGCUCUGGGUCAAUACCCUGCUUCGCCUUUCUGUACUCCCAUGUUGUACUUAUAAAAGGUACCAUUUUGUGCUUCUCCAAUAGCAAGCCCCGGAUUAACCCAGAGAUAAAAUAUUUGCUGAGGGAGAAGAAAAUGGCUUCAGGAAACAGUUGAGGAAACAGAAGAGCUGAGAGAUGUGCUGAAAAACAUUGAGGAGGAAGAUCAGAGCAGGAAAAAACAGCUACAGGAAGAAAACAAAGUUGAAGUUGCGGGACAGCAAUAUCAGUGAUAUCUGGAAAAGCAUAAAAACAAUCUCAGAUCACAAACAGAACGCCUGGGUUAUAGGUGACUUGAGAUGAGUGAAUAAGCUGAACCAGCAAUUCCUGAGGUUUGACCAGCCUGCCCCCCCCC